UAUAACCGAUGGACGUCUCAAUAUGGGCACUUGGCAGUUUCUGCUCCCAAAGUGGAUGAGGGAAAUAUUUCCAUGGCGCACACAGAAGAUAAUGUCUCUGUUUCGGUGUAUGAAGAAAGUGAGGCGCAAGAACAAGAUAACCAGGCGCGUUUAAGUCAAGCCGUCAAUAAAAUUUCGGAAGGUUCUACUUCUGACUUGUGUGAAGCUCCCAACAUGACAUUGGAGACAGAUUGGAAUUCUGCUCCUGUUUCAGAGGCGCUUAUGCCUACUGAUCUGUGCUCAGAAGUUAAUGUGGCUGACAGCAGUCUUGCAAUGGAAGCUAAAGAGCAAACUGAUGGCUAUUCGAACAAAAGCUUGGUACCAGAAUCACCAAAUAGUCCUAACUCCAAUAUUGAUUCUAACGAGGCCAAGAAGUCAAUUGAAGAAGAUUAUUCCAUUAGGAUUCAAGAGGCUUGUGCUUUGAAGCAGACUGAAGUUACCCAAUUUGAUGAAACAGAUUGCGACGAACACAUCUGUGUUGUUUGCGGAAGUGCGGAAACUCCAGGAAUUCUUAAGUCUUGUGAUGGAAAUGGCUGCAAAAGAAAGUUCCAUAUUUCUUGUCUGGGUUUUCCCUUGGAAUGUUUCUCUCUUGGUAUCUGGUUGUGCAGUAUAUGCUCUAAAGAAAGACUCCUGUCUGGUGUGUAUACAGCCAGUGGGGGAGUUGAAUCUUUGUGGGAUGUCAAGGAGGGAGUGCAGAACUGCAAGCAAUAUUUUGUGAAGUACAAGAAUCUAGCUCAUGUACAUAAUCGUUGGACUCCAGAAAGUGAUAUAGGUCAUGAUCUUGUCUCCAAAUUUAGUAAGAAAAAUAAAAAAGAAAAGACAAUAAUGUGGAGGCAGGAAUGGGCUGAACCACACCGCUUAUUGAUGAAAAGAUCACUUAUGCCUCCAAAAGAAGCUGAAGAAUUUUUUCAUUCAACUGGCGAUAAAUUGGCAUUUUGUAAUGUCGAAUGGUUAGUCAAAUGGAAGGAUCUCGGCUAUGAGCAUGCUACAUGGGAACUUGAUACUUCAUCAUUUUUAUGUACGGGAGAGGCUGAGGAGCUCAAGAGGAACUAUGAAAACCGCCAUGAAGCUGCAAGAAAAACUUCUGACACUGCAAAGAUAAAGAAGGCUAAGCAAAGUCCAUUUCAGAAACUUCGGAGGUUGCCAGACGGGUGUCCUCCUGGUUUAGAUAACGUUCACUUGAGUUCGCUUAAUCAGCUCUGUGAGUUCUGGCACAAUUCUCGUGGCGCUAUCUUAGUGGAUGAUCAGGAGCGUAUAAUUAAGACCGUUCUUUUCGCGAUGUCCAUAUUGCCUGAUGUCAGCUGCCCACUUCUUAUUGUCUCUACUUCUGUCUCAUUGUGGGAGGCUAAGUUCAAUCUCUUGGCACCAUACAUCAAUGUAGUUGUGUACAAUGGGGAGAAAGACGUGCGUAAAACAAUUCGUGAUUUGGAGUUUUAUGAUAAUGGUUCUAUGAUGUUGCAAGUUCUCUUGGCCCACCCUGAUGCUAUCCUGGAGGACAUCGAAACCAUGAAAUGCAUUGUUUGGGAGGCGGUUAUAGUUGAUGAUUGUCAAAUCUCAAGAGUUUCAAAAUGCCUUGAACAACUUAAGCAUCUCCUCGCCGAUUUUAGGAUGGUUCUGUUGAGUUCCCCACUUAAGGAAAAUAUUGUUGAUUACAUCAACUUGCUAUCUUUUGUCAACUCUGAAGGAAAUGAUAUGUCUAGCAUUUCAAAUGUUAAUUCUAUUGACACACCUGGCACCAUAGCGAUGCUGAAAUCAAAACUCGCGCUUCACGUUGCAUUUGAGCGGAAAGCAGACUCUUCGAAAUUUUUGGAGUAUUGGGUCCCUGCUCGGCUCUCGAGUGCAGCUAGAAAUCUACUGUUAUACCUUACAUUCAAACUCCUCAGCACUCCGAUCACAUUCGAAAACUGAUAGUGUUGGCGCUCUUCGUGACAUGCUUUUGUCCCUCCGGAAGUGCUGUGACCACCCUUAUCUAGCAGAUCAGAUGCUGCAAGCCUCUCUUACCAAGGACCGCCCAGCAACUGAUAUCCUAGAUAUUGGAGUUCAUGCAAGUGGCAAGCUACUGCUUCUUGACAAAAUGCUGCAAGAGAUCAG